ACAGAUUAGGACUUAGAAGCAGCCACAGGGACACAAUGAACUGGAUGGCCCUUCUCCUCAGCUUCCUGGCUCAUUGCACAGGUUCUGUAGCCUCAUACGUGCUGACUCAGCCACCCUCAGUAUCGGUGACAGCAGGACAGACGGCCAGAAUCACCUGUGAAGGCAACAACAUUGGAAGUAGAUAUGCACACUGGUACCAGCAGAAGCCACAACAGGCCCCUGUGCUGGUCAUCUACGAAAACAACAACCGACCCUCUGGGAUCCCUGACCGAUUCUCUGGCUCCAACUCUGGGAACACAGCCACCUUGACCAUCAGUGGGGCCCAGGCUGGAGAUGAGGCUGACUAUUACUGUCAGGUGUGGGAUAGCAGCAGUGCUGCUGCUGUGUUCGGCGGAGGAACCAAGGUGACCGUCCUAGGUCAGCCCAAGGCUGUGCCCUCGGUCACCCUGUUCCCACCCUCCUCUGAGGAGCUGCAGACCAACAAGGCCACACUGGUGUGUCUGAUCAAUGACUUCUACCCGGGAGACGUGACCGUGACCUGGAAGAGAGAUGGCACCAAGGUCACCCAGGGUGUGGAGACCACCCGGCCCUCCAAACAGACCAACAACAAGUACAUGGCCAGCAGCUACCUGACUGUGACGCCAGACCAGUGGAACUCUCAUGACUCAUACACCUGCCAGGUCACUCAUGAAGGGAGCACCAUGGAGAAGAGUGUGUCCCCUGCACAAUGUUCCUAGGUCCCAGACCCUCACCCCACCCUGGAGCCAAAAGACCCCAGGGAAGUUUUCUUAUCCCACACCUACCAUCCCAGCCCUUCUCCCUCAACCCAGCAAACCCUCAAUAAAUAUCCUCAUUUUCAACCGGA